AUAUAUUUGAAGCUUGAACGAUGCGCUUCCUUUCGUCACGUUGGUUUUUUUUAUUUGUGCAUUUUGACGAAAAUGUUAUCGUGUGUGAUUUGGAGUGUCUUAAAAUAUGGAAUGCUUUGGAUGCAGUGACGUGAAAUAUACCUUGACACGCAAGGGAGAACAAUAUAAUUGCUGAGGAAAACACCAGAAUGACGUCCAGGUUAGACCGUCUGUUCGUUUUGCUGGAGGCGGGUUCGGGGCCGGCGACUCGCCGCGCAGCAGCGCGACAGCUGGGGGAGGUCCAAAAAGCGCACCCUGAGGAACUCCACAGGUUGCUGGCCCGGCUGAUGAAACAUCUGCGCUCCCCGGCCUGGGAGACGAGAAUAGCGGCCACACAAGCAGUGGAGGCAAUUCUAUCGAACGUUCCAGAAUGGUGUCCUUCCUUUACCGGCACCGAGGUUAAAGAGGAGGAAGACGCCAAAGAGAAACAGGACAGCGACCUGUUGAAAUGCGAGACGUUCGACAUCGAGCGGGUGCUGGAGCACGGCGCGCACCUCAUGGGCUCGGAGGGGCACGAGUACGACGUGGAGGAAGAGGCUAAUAAUGCAGAUAUGAAGGAACGUCUGGCGAAGCAAAGGCAACAGCUGAACGCUCGCUUAGGGCUCGAUAUGGCGGCGACUCUAGGCGUGGACCUCAGCUCCAUGUGCACUAAUGAGGACCUCUGCCCUGUGAAAAUUGAGGUCAAGCCGAUUAAGAAUGAGGUUGUUAGGAGGCCGAUCCAAGAGCUGAUGCCGCUCACGGGCAAGCCGCUGUCCUCGCGCGAGAUGAACGUGGCGAAGCGCAAGGCGCGCGCGGCCUUCAGCAAGCAGAAGUCGCGCGAGUGCGAGGAGGGGCCCUCCGCGCCCGCCGCGCCGCCGGAGCCCGACAGGAAGAAGCUCAAGCUGGAGGGCAGCGAGGAUUAUAUAUUCGACAGCGGCGCGGGCGCACCGUCGCGCGGCGGCGGGUGGGCGGGCGGCGCGGAGGGCGCGGGGGGCGCGGCGCGCUGGCCACUGGAGGGCUGGUGCAGCGCGCUGCAGGCGCAGCUGUUCAGCGGCGCGUGGGAGGCGCGCCACGGAGCCGCGUCCGCGCUGCGCGAGCUGCUGCGCGCGCGCAUCGCCGCCUCCGCCUUCGCCUCGCGCCGCGACCUCGCCCCGCCCGCUACGGAACAACAGCUAGAAGACUGGCACCAAGAGUGGUUAGAGGAUAUGGCGCUGCGUCUGCUGUGCGUGUUGGCGUUGGACAGAUUUGGGGACUUCGUGUCGGAUCAGGUGGUGGCGCCGGUGCGCGAGACGUGCGCGCAGACGCUGGGCGUGGCGCUGGCGCGGCUGCGCGCGGGCCGCGUGCGCGCGGUGGCGGCGCGCGUGGCCGCGCUCGCGCGCCAGCCGCAGUGGGAGGCGCGGCACGGGGCGCUGCUCGCCUUCAAGUACCUGCUCGCGGCGAGGCAGGAAGUGGCAAUCGAGAGCGGCGCGCUGGAGCACCUGAUGGCGGGGCUGGACGACGCGGCGGAGGACGUGUCGGCGGUGGCGGCGGGCGCGCUGGCGCCGGCGGCGGGCGCGCUGGCGGCGCGGCGCGCGGCCGCCGUGCCGCGCCUCGCCGCGCGCCUGUGGACGCUGCUGCGCGACCAGGACGACCUGGCCGCGCCCGCCAACUGCUACAUGGCGCUGCUCGCUGCGCUCAUACGGCUGCCGACCGCGGCCACCUUGUUACAUCCGAUCGACCUAGUAGACGUGCUGCCGCGCCUCUUUCCAUACCUCGACCACUCCACCAGCUCAGUGCGCAAGGCCACGCUACAAACCCUUCGAACCCUCACCAAGCCUCUAGUCACGGAGAACGGCCACAACGGCACCGAUACCGGCACCGAAAAAUGCAAUGAUAACGAUACCAGUAACGAUACCGACAACGAUAAGGGCGCAGACAGUGGUACCGGUGCAGUUGCAGCCAGCGUUACCAUGAAUGGAGACAGCCAGUAUCUGAAUUGGACUCCAGAGCUACUGCAGGCCACGAUGCGGCACAUCUACCAGAGGAUUCUGUUUGAGCAUGUGCAUGAGAUACAAGAAAUUGCCAUCGAAAUCUGGGAGAACCUCCUCCGGCACGCGUCGCUGGGGGUGAUCCUGGUGGCGGCGUGCCCCAUGCUGGCCACGUGGAUGUGCCUCGCCAUGCAGCCCGCGCGCCUGCCCGUCGACCCCGACCUGCUGCUGCACACGCCACCCAAGGAGCGCCGACCGCGCAGCACGUCUCAAACCGAGAUGGAUAUUUGCGGGGGCGAGGGGGGCAGCGCGAGCGGAGUGGUGGGGGCUGGGGCGGGGGACGGCGAGGGGGAGGGGCGGCCGCAGCAGAAGUGGGUGGUGGGGGGGAGCGACACGCAGCCCGCCGCCCUGCGGGACGCCAACGUGACGCGCGCGAGGGUGCUCGCGGCGGAUGUGCUGGGAUAUUUGUCCUGCUAUCUGGUGCAGCCGGCGCCCGGCAUCGAAUAUAAGGCUGAAGACGAGAGUCCCAUAGACUGUUAUACAAAGGUGAUGGUGGUGUACCUCCGCUCCGGCAGCGCCCUCCAGCGGCUGGUGGCGGGGCUGGUGAUAUCGUCGUGGGCGACGCACACGGUCAAGCACGAUCUGUUCCCGCCCGGCAUCGCCUCGCAUCAGCUGGAUUCCAACAAAGAGAAGGACGUAUCGAAGCUGGCUCCUCCGUUGCUGGUCACCACGUUGCACACGGCGCUGAAUCAAGUCCUGUAUUACGAUGAGGUCGCUUUGAAUUGCAACAGGAUACUGCAGGAGGCUCGCGACCUGCUGGCAAUGAUGAAACACUACAAGUUGCCCGUGGACGGCGAGGAGUAUAACAAUAUAUUGAGGCUGGAGCAGGUGGCAGCGAUGACGGCGGCCACUGCGCCGCUAGUGGCCGGCAUGAAGGCGAAGCGCGUGGCGCAGACCCUGGAGCAGCGCCGCGCCGCGCUGCACGCCGCCGUCGCGCAGUGCUCGCUCGACCAGGGCGAGCUCAACGUGUCAGUGCAGGCGGCCGUGAGCGGCGCGGUGGCGUGCCUGCGGGUGCUGCCGGACAAGCUGAACCCGGUGAUCCGGCCGCUGAUGGACAGCGUGAAGCGCGAGCCCAGCGAGAAGCUGCAGGCGGCCGCCGCCGACACGCUGGCGCACCUGCUGGCCGCGCUGCACGCCAGGGAGUCGUGCCCCAACAACAAAGUGCUGGUCAACUUGAAGGCGUUUUAUAGAUGCGAUCCCGAGUUCACGCCGCGUAUAUCGCUAGAGACGGGCGAAGAGAAAGCGGAGCGAAGCGAACGCGGACCGGACUCGGGGAGCGGUGACAGCGGGUCUGAAGCGAAACCAGAUACAAAUACGGGUCCUGCGUUGGACAAGUACAACGGCAUCCUGACGCUCCGCGAGCAGCAGCGCUCGGCGGAGCGCGCGGCGCCGCGGCGCGGCCGCCCGCCCGCGCUGCCCGCGCCCGCCGCCCCCGCCGCGCCGCACGACGCGCUCGACCACCUGCUCGCGCACGAGGACCAGACCCGGAAGAUGUUAAGAAUACAGAGGCGAGGCGCGACGAUGGCUUUAACUAGUCUAACGAGGUAUUUUGGCGACGAGUUACCUGAAAAAUUACCGAAAUUGUGGGAGUUUAUCACUCAACCGUUUGAGAAAAUUCUCACGGAUAGUGAAUUGGAAGCGCUGGAGGCGGACGCGGGCGAGGAGCUGAUCUCGCGGCUGCAGGUGGUGGAGGCGGUGAGCGCGCAGCUGGGCGCGGGCGCGUGGCGGCGCGUGGCGGGCGGCGCGCGCGCGUGCGCCGCGCUGUGCCGCGCGCCCUACACCGCGCUGCGCCACAUGGCCGCGCGCGCGCUCGCCGCGCUGGCCGCGCGCGACCCGCACCGCCUCAUGGACGCGCUGGUGCAGGAGCUGCUCGAGGCGCUGAGCGAGGGCAGCGCGUGCGUGCGGUGCGGCGCCGCGGAGGCACUGGCGCGGCUGGUGGACACGCUGCAGCUGCAGCUCGUGCCCUACAUCGUGCUGCUGCUCGUGCCGCUGCUGGGGCGCAUGAGCGACCACAACGAGGCGGUGCGCGUGAUGGCGACGCGCAGCUUCGCCACGCUGAUCCAGCUGAUGCCGCUGGACGGCGCGGCGGGCGAGCCGGCGGCGCUGUCGGCGGGGCUGCGCGCGCGCCGGCUCGCCGACCGCGCCUUCGUCGACCAGCUGUUCAACCCCAAGGCCAUCCGCGACUACCGCGUGCCCGUGCCCGUCGCCGCCGACCUGCGCUCCUACCAGCAGGCGGGCGUGAACUGGCUGCGCUUCCUGUACGAGUACAAGCUGCACGGCGUGCUGUGCGACGACAUGGGGCUCGGCAAGACGCUGCAGUCGAUAGUGGUGGUCGCGUCGUCGCACUUCGAGCGCGCGCAGGCCGACGCGCCCGCGCUGCCCUCGCUCGUCGUGUGCCCGCCCACGCUCACCGGUCACUGGGUGUUCGAGGUGAACAAGUUCAUACAAACGAAAUACCUCAAGCCGCUGCAAUACGUCGGGCCGCCCGUCGAGCGGGAGCGGCUGCGAGCGCACGUGCGAAGGUACAACCUGAUCGUCGCCUCAUACGACAUCGUGCGGAAGGACAUCGACUUCUUCAGCUCCAUCAAGUGGAACUACUGCAUACUGGACGAGGGACACGUCAUCAAGAACGGGAAGACGAAAGCGUUCAAGGCGAUAAAGCAGCUGGUGGCGAAUCAUAGGUUGAUUCUGUCUGGGACACCUAUACAGAACAACGUGCUGGAGCUGUGGUCGCUGUUCGACUUCCUGAUGCCGGGGCUGCUGGGCACGGAGCGGCAGUUCACGGCGCGCUACUCGCGGCCCAUCCUCGCCGCGCGCGACCCGCGCGCCGCGCCGCACCACCUGCAGGCCGGCGCGCUCGCCUGCGAGGCGCUGCACCGCCAGGUGCUGCCGUUCCUGCUGCGGCGCGUGAAGGAGGACGUGCUGCGCGAGCUGCCGCCGAAGAUCACGCAGGACUACUACUGCGAGCUGAGCCCGCUGCAGCGCUCGCUGUACGAGCACUUCUCCAAGCGGCACAUGAGCCAGGACGUGGCGCACUCCAGGACGCACGUCUUCCAGGCGCUGCACUACCUGCAGAACGUGUGCAACCACCCGAAGCUGGUGCUGAGCGCGGAGCACCCCGAGUGGGCGCGCGUGCAGCGCCAGCUCGCCGCGCAGCGCUCCUCGCUCGACGACAUCCACCACAGCGCCAAGCUGCCCGCGCUCAAGCAACUGCUACUCGACUGCGGUAUCGGCGUGUCCUCCAGCGAGGGAGGCGAAGUCUCCGGAGACACCGGGGGCGAGGGCGUCGGCAGCGUGGUGUCACAGCACCGAGCGCUCAUCUUCUGCCAGCUGAAGAGCAUGCUGGAUAUCGUGGAGCGUGACCUGCUGCGGGCGCACCUGCCCAGCGUCACGUACCUGCGGCUGGACGGCUCUGUGCCGGCGGCCAUGCGUCACUCGAUUGUCACGCGGUUCAAUACGGACGUGUCGAUCGAUCUUCUGCUGUUGACGACUAGUGUGGGCGGGCUGGGGCUGAACCUGACGGGCGCGGACACGGUGGUGUUCGUGGAGCACGACUGGAACCCGAUGCGCGACCUGCAGGCCAUGGACCGCGCGCACCGCAUCGGCCAGCGCCGCGUCGUCAACGUGUACCGCCUCGUCACGCGCAACACGCUCGAGGAGAAGAUCAUGGGAUUGCAGAAGUUCAAACUGAAAACGGCGAACACGGUGAUAAGCAGCGAGAACGCGGCCAUGGAGACCAUGGGCACCGACCAGCUGCUGGACCUGUUCCAGCUCGGCGCCGGCUCCGAGCAGCCCGCCAGCGAUGAGAAGCUGCCGGAGCUGUGGGACGACGCGCAGUACCACGAAGAGUACGACAUGAGCAGCUUCAUUCGGAGCCUGCGCGACGUGCGGGAUCCGGGGGAGGGGCUCGUGUGGAAGGAGUGAGGGGGAGGGGGAUGUGAAGUAUUUGGGGUGAAAGAAGUCGGAUCGUAGAUGGACAGUGAAAGAGUUGGCGAUUUGUUAAUGCUAAUGAAAGAGAUAGAUCAUCUGAAGUACGGAAAGAAUGGACGAUAUUUAUCUUAAAUAAAUCACUUUUGUUUAAAACAACAUUGAUAAAAACUUAAUACUUAUCUAUCUUUAAAAAAAUAGAGUAAUAGUAAAAACUGACUGAUUGGCAGAUAUGUCCUCAUAUGCCUUAAUGCCUCGAUUUUCAUGUGUUCUUACUUCAGACGUGAAAUGCCACCAUCAGGAACUAAUUUCAGGACAUAGCAGUGUCGCGCUGUAUUAGUGCCCUUUGUUGUAGUAAUAAUACUGAUAAAUAUAUAGAUAUAUGUACGCAAAAUAUGUAAAACAAGUGUGUCUGGACACCUAACAUAAGUAAUAACUAAAACCAAAUACGGCUAUAAGAACUGUGGGCUAGAGUGAGAGAGGAGAGCCAGCCUACACCUGUGUAUGCGUGAAGAAAGGGAAGCCACACACACUGUCUCCGUAACGCGUUACGUAACGAAGCGGUUUACCCUCCUAUAAGACGUUAUCACUUCUACACGUCAUGUGUAACGAAUACAAAGUUCUCUCAAGUUUGAUGAUACUGUUAAAAUUGCAGUCAUUUCACAAAUAUGAUACUUUUAAAUCAUAUGACAAGUAUUACAAUAUAAGAGAAAUAUACAUGUGAAAUAGAAAUACAGUCAAUUACUAUUACGCGGUACGGUUGUGCGGCAUGACAUGCUUCUCAACAACAAACUUUCACUAACCGGUCUAUAUUUUAUUCAUUCUUCAAAACGUUUGUGCUUGUUUGAGCAAGUUGCAUGACAUGCACCAUAACUGUACCGGUCUAGACUAGAGGCUAAGAUGAAUUCACAGGUUAAAUGAUUAUAUUAUAAAUAUUAGUUAUAGUAUUAUACUUCUCUCACAAUAAAUCUGAGCUUUUUCAAUAUUCUCAAUAUAUAUAACUGAAUAUACGCAGUUAUCAGGGCACUAUUUAUAGUAUGUACGUUAUUUCAUCUUAUAUGUAGUUGAAAAUCUUC